UGAUCUUGGCUCACUGCAACCUCCGCCUCCCGGGUUCGAGGGAUUCUCCUGCCUCAGCCUCCCUAGUAGCUGGGAUUACAGGCGCCCACGACCACACCCGGCUAAUUUUUGUUUUUUUUUUAGUAGAGGCGGAGUUUCACUAUGUUGGCAAAGCUGGUGUUGAACUUCUGACCUCAGGUGAUCUGCCUGCCUCAGCCUCCCAAAGUGCUAGGAUUACAGGCAUGAGACACUGCACCUGGCCUCAUGUAUUUUUAGGGGGAGCUUUAGUUUGAAAAGUUGGGGUUUCUGUGGCAGGAUGUGAAUUCUCAAUGUAAAUCUCUCUUCCUAAGAGAUGAGUGAAAUAAAUGGAUUCAAACAACAAAUAAAACUGAACCUCUUUGAAGUCCCUUUGAACAGACUUGAUAUCUAUCAUUGUGUUAAUCCUACCUCUGUGAUGCCCUUCCCUCCUCAAUAAAAUCUCACACUUAAUUCUUAAAGUAUCCCGUUCCUUAAACAUUCUCUUUAAAAACUCUUAAAAGAUUUAUUGGGUCACAUAUUCAGAAUAACUACUUGCCAUUUGUUAUUGUACCUAAUAGCAAUAGUGCAGUGUUUGAAAUGAAAUGGACCUGAGCUCCAGAGUUCAUCAUUUAUUAUCUAUGUGACUUUGAACAUAUUAUAUAAUCACCCUAAACCUUAGUUUCCUCAUCAGUAAAAUGGAACUUAUAAUACCUAUGAGGAUUAAAUACGAUAUGGUAGCUUAAAUUUUUGCUCAUUUUGCUCUUUUGAUAUGAGCCAAAUUAUAGGAGAAAUAAUUAGAGUGGCACCCUAGCAUGAUGGUAAACAUUCUGUCAUUUCCAUCAUUAUCCUAAAUUGCAUCUAUUCUGUGUAAGAAGUAAGAGAUAAAAAAGAAGUACAAGACAUGGUUGCUGAAGUCAGGAUAGUCAGUUUGUUGAGGAAAUAAGACGUCAAUGAAGGGAUAAAUAAGAGCACAAUUUAUUGCAUGGUAAGUGUCAGAUGAACAGUACAAUUUGUGCUUUAGAAAUUCAGAGAACAGAAGGGUAUCAUUGUAGCUGGGUGCGGUGGCUCACGCCUGUAAUCCCAGCACUUUCAGAGGCCGAGGCAGGUGGGUCACUUGAGUUCAGGAGUUCAAGACCAGCCUGGCCAACAUGGUGAAACCCUGUCUCUACUAAAAAUACAAAAAUUAGCCGGGUGUGGUGAUGGGCGCCUGUAAUCCCAGCUACUCGGGAGGCUGAAGCAUGAGAAUCGCUUGAACCCGGGAGGCAGAGGUUGCAGUGAGCUGAGAUCCUGCCACUGCACUCCAGCCUAAGUGACAGAAAAAGACUCUGUUUCAAAAAAAAAAAGAAAAACGAAAAGAAAAUUGCUUUCAGCAUACUUUGGGUAUAUCAUAUGGGCAGAGCAUCCGGAGUAUCUACUAGGCACAUAGCACAGUAACCAGUGUUUACAGAUUUUACAUAGUUUAUUUAGGAAGGUUGCCAGUUUUGCAAGGCCAUUGUUAUUGAAUCAGUACCAGUGACUGUGAGCACAAUGUGAAAUCCCCACAGGCAACACAAGAACAGAAAUCAUUCAACUAUCUGCUAGUGGCUUUAUGGUUUGUUUAUUUAAACACACACACACACACACACACACACACACACACACACACACUCAAGUAAUCCAAAGCAAAACUUCUUUCUCCCUCCAGGUGCUUAGCUUUAGAUAUUAUUAUUACAUCAGCAUCACGUGGUAGGCAGGGUUAUUCCCAUGACACAGAGGGCUUAUAAUAUUUACAAUGGAGUGAGCUAUAAGGGGAAGGGUGUGCUGAUAGCUAUUUUUCCUUGUUGUUAUUGGCUUGGUUACUAGUUUAAUGGCCUAGUUGCCAAUUAAUGGCUUAAUGUAUUUAAUGUUCUAUAUAAGCAAUGUACAACUCUUUAGUUUCUAAGUCAAAUACACGUGAAAAUCACCCUAGUGGAUAUGAGAAUCUUCCAUACAAAUAGUAAGCCUGUGAUUAUACAUUAUCAGUAAAGAUCAAGAACUAUAUAAAUGCCAUGUUACAUUAAGCCCAAAUGAUAAUUUAAUGAUAUUGAGUCAAAAAAGAGAUACUGCAGCUACUAAAAAGUUAGAAAUUAUGCCCUAAUACACGCCGGGACCAGCAGGCUCCUCAGCCAACCCUGUCCCUUGGCCCGGCCCUGCCAGAGAGGGACCCCAGCCCAUCGUGGGCAUCGGCAGGACUCAGCCGCUCCCACCUCCCCACAGAAGCCCAGGAGUGUGUGGACGUCUGAGCCCAGCUUCCUGCAUCCCCACCCGGCCCACCUGGCCCCUCACCCCCGGCAGCGGGCCAGCCGCGCCCCCCCACUCCCCCUCCUACCCCAGCAGGGGCUUCUGGGGCCUUUUCACCUAGAGAAACAUUCCCACUGCCCUUUGGCCUCCCUGUACUCUGAGCUGUGAAUAUUUUUAACCCUGUGAAUACGGCCAGCUCUUGUGACACAGAGACUAUUUUAUCAGCUGUCAGCCCCGUUCCUUUAUGAUAGGAUUCUCCACAGUGGCUUCCGACUCAGGCUCCAAUGGACCAAAUAAAAGCGUUUUGUUUUGUAAAAAAAAAAAAAAAAAAAAGGAAAAAAGAAAAAAGAAAUUAUGCCCUAAUAAUGCCUAUGCCAAGAAAAAUGGCAUACUGAAACUAGGUAAGAGAAACUGCAUAUUUCAUAACAUUUAGUGAUUCUAACCAAAUGAAUUUAAACCCAGUAUAAUUUUUUUCAAAAUUAAAAGUGAAUAAUGUAGUAGACUAGCUAGUUAUCUCUAAUGUAAAGAUGAAAAACUAUUGUUUUAAUCAUACUUUUUUUAUUGUUUCCCCUUGGAAGUGCUUGAGUACGUCUGUUAAGAACACGCUUUAAUCCUGGUUAUUAGUGUGCCGGGGCUUAUUCACCCCUGUUGCGCUCCCAUAGUCAGUCCCAGUUAUCGUAGUCUACUAUGCCCAUGCUACUGGAAUUUUCUCUUCUUGUUUUGUUGCUACUUUAGAUGCUUGGAGAAAUUCUCAGUAAGGCCAUAUGCCCCAUUUGUCAGAAAAUGAUAGUGUCAUAAUGAAAAAGUUUGUUAUGCUUAAAAAAAAAAAAUCUAGUCUCUUCCUCAAUUAGAAUCAAAAUCAACAAAUAAAUAUUGAAUGUCAGUGCUCUUCUUUAUGGCAGUCUUAUAAAUAACUUCAGGAGAAAUUUCCAAAUGGAGAAUCCCCUAGGCGUUUAAAAAAAGAACUCUCUACCAUUAUAUACUGUAAAGUUGGUAAUGAACUCAGCUUAAAAAUGAACUUCUGUGCUAUGCAUGGUGGUCACGCCUGUAAUCCCAGCACUUUUGGAUUGCUUGAGGCCAGGAGUUCAAGACCAUCUUGGCCAACAUAGUGAAACCUCGCCUCUACUAAAAAUACAAAAAUUAGUUCAGCGUGGUGGGACAUGCCUGUAAUCCCAGCUACUCGAGAGGCUGACGCAUGAGAGUCCCUUGAACCCAGGAGGCGGAGGUUGCAGUGAGCUGAUAUCAUGCCACUGAACUCCAGCCUGGACGACAGAGUGAGACUGUGUCUCAAAAAAUCAAAAGAAGGCCGGGCACAGGGGCUCACGCCUGUAAUCCCAGAACUUUGGGAGGCUGAGGUCGGCGGAUCACUUGAGGUCCGGAAUUCAAGACCAGCCUGGCCAACAUGGUGAAACCCGGUCUCUACUAAAAAAAAAAUACAAAAAUUAGCUGGGCAUGGUGAGCAGGUCUGUAAUCCUAGCUUCUCGGGAGGCUGAGGCAGGAGAAUUGCUUGAACCCGGGAGGCGGAGGUUGCAGUGAGCUGAGAUCAUGGCACUGCACUCCAGCCUGGGUGACAGAGUGGGACUCCAUCUCAAAAAACAAAAAAUGAACUAACCAGGCACAGUGGCUCAUGUCUGUAAUACCAGCACUUUGGAAGACUAAGGCGGGAGAACUGCUUGGGCCCAAGAGUUCAAGACCAGCCUGGGCAACAUAGUGAGACCUCACCUCCAUAAAAAAUUGAAAAAAAAAAACUGGGUGUGGUGGCACAUACCUCUGGUCCUAACUACCCAGGAGGCUGACCCAGGAGGAUUGUUUGAGCCCAGGAGGUCAAGGAUUCAGUGAGCUGUGAUUGUGCCACUGCACUCCAGCCUGGGUGACAGAGCAAGAACCUGUCUCAAAAAAAAAAAUGAAGAACUUGUCCUGGGUGAGUGAUUUUUUUUUGUUUGUUUUGUUUUUUGUUCGUUUUUAACCGAACUAGUCUUAUCAGUGAAGCAACUGGGCCAGUGGCUCACACCUGUAAUCCCAGCACUUUGGGAGGCCAAGGCAGGCGGAUCACAAGGUCAGGAAAUCGAGACCAUCUUGUUGAACACGGUGAAAACCCUGUCUCUACUAAAAAUACAAAAAAAUUAAUCGGACAUGGUGGCACGCGCUUAUAAUCCCAGAUAUUUGGAAGCCUGAGGCAGAAGAAUUGUUUGAACCUGGGAGGCGGAAGUUGCAGUGAGCCAAGAUUGCACCACUGCACUCCAGCCUGGUCAACAGAGCAAGACUCCAUCUCAAAAAAAAAAAAAAAAAUGAGAUUGCCAGCUGGGUAUGGUGGCUCACUCCUGUAAUCCCAAGCACUUUGGGAAGCUUAGACGGCCAGAUCACGAGGUCAGGAAUUCAACACCAGCCUGGCCAACAUGGUGAAACCCCGUCUCUACCAAAAAUAGAAAAAUUAGCUGGGCAUGGUGGCAGACGCCUGCAAAACCCUGCUACUCACAGGCUGAGGCAGGAGAAUAGCUUGAAACUGGCAGGCGGAGGUUGCAACGAGCUGAGAUCGUGCCACUGCACUCCAGCCUGGGCAAGAAGAACAAAACAACGUCUCAAAAAAAAAAAAAAAAGGAGGGGGAUUGUUUCGUGUCUAUUGCUUUGCAGCCUCAUUAUUUUCAUUUCAGCAUAUUGAGAACAUCCUGCCAUUGCCCCCAAAUGCAUUUCUUUCAUAUCCUUUUAACUGGUUGUUUGUUUUCCGUAAGACUGAUUCAUAUUCAGUCCGAUUGUUGAACAUUUAGAUUAUGUCCAGUUUUUUGCAGUUAUAAACAAAACCUCACUGAAUGAACAUCCUUAUGCUUCAAUCUUUGCCCAUGUCCCUAAAAGACAUAUCCUAAGGGUCAAUUCUGGGAUUGCUAGGACAAAGGACAUACAUAUUUCUAGGGCUUUUGAUACAGACUGCUGGUUUGCUCAGCAGUUGGACCAGUCUACACUCCCAUCAACAGUUGUAGUAAUUCAUAUUUCUAAUGCUUCUGAAAUUAUAAAUAAAAGUUUUUAAAAAUAUGAUUCUAUCUUUCAGUUCACCUGAGCUACUUGAAGACCCAGAAAAAUUGAUUCUUGUCUUUGUUAUCAAGACCCUGUUUCAUACCUAAGUACUGGUGAAACAUGCUCUAGUUUGUGAGCUAUUUGAGUAGAACUAAUGGAAAGAUGAAAUAAUAGUACAUCAGUAGUUACAAUGAAGAAACUAAUUAUCCCAGAGAGUUUUUGAGCAUAUGGGUAGUGUUUGUGAAUUUAAGUUUGUUCCCCACAUUGUCAGUUUAUUCUAAAAUUAUCACCAUUUUAGACUUAAAGAAUUUUAAAGCCAAAAGAUAAGCAAACAGACUUGCUUAGGUCCUGUAGCAAAUUAAUUCAGACCUUGAACAACAUUUCAUUGUGCUGUUUAGGAAGUGUUAAGUAUAUUGAGAUUUCCCAUAUUACUGUCUUACUGUCAUACUUAAAUUUUAGAAGAUGAUCAAAUAAAUUAUUUUAAUGACUAGGACUAUGCUUAUGAAGUUAGCAUUUCCUGCCCUUAUUUAUAGAAAGCACUUGAUAUAUUUCACAAAGGUGAAGAGAUUAACUUUUUAGGGAACAAGUCAUUUAAAUUCUUGAACCAGUUUCCAUCUUUUAGGCUAUAUGAGUAUUGAAUAUAGGAGAAAAGAGAAAAGUAUGCAUGUUUCUCAAAGGCUCUUUCUUUAAAUGUCACCAGCAGAUCUAAACAGUAUCCAUAGGCACCUAUGGCAAAUUUACUGAAAAAAAAGGGGGUCAUAAAAUAAAAGAAAAAGAAUAGACAGGAAGGAGGUUUCUUGUCUAUUAUUGCUGGUUUCUGUAGUGUUGGUUGCCUGCCUCUCUUUGAGACUGCGAUGCUUCCUUAAUGAAGGUGUGUGUUUAAAUCACAGACAGGGAAAGUGCUUUUGGGUGAAGUUUCACUUUGUAGUGGCAGCAGUUCUGGACAUGGUGCUGGAACAGAGGAUGAGUUCAGCACCUUCUCUUCAGAUCGGAUCUCUGCCCGCAGCUCAUCUGUUUUACAUAGCAAGCCUUUGUUCACUGGAGAGUGGACCUCUGUGGUUGGCCUGUCCACCUACUGUCAGAGACCAAAGGUGACUGAUAAGGAGUUCAGAGGUCAAAACAGAUACUGCGAGGUCAAUCCAGCUUUAAGGAGAAAGCAGUUGUUUUGACAUGGAGGCAUCGAAAACUGAAUUGCAGCCAGAGAGAUGUUCAGUUCAUCAGCUUUGGCCUUUCAGCUCCACUCAAAGAAAAAUCACUAGCUGUUUCUGCAGUCAGCAGGAGCAGAAAAGAAAACUUUUUUAAAGGAUGCAAUUUAAUUAAAUUGUGAUGUAUUGGAGAUUUCUCUCCAGAAAUGGUUUCUGUGUGAGUGUUGCUUUGCUUACUGUGAGAACGCAGAUAUCAAAUAAAAAAACCAAAGGUAAACUACAAUCACUAGGGCCUUUUGUUGGGUUUUUUAAUGGGAAGUCAAUUAGAUUAGAUUCAGGUAUUUCAUAUACUAACAUCACCUUUUGCCCUAUUAGGAUCUGAUGGAGCAUUAGGAAAGAAAGGCAAGUCAUAUUUGCAUUUAUUAUUAGGGCUAACACUUUUUAAUUAAAUUGGCUUUUACUAAGUAUUUGGCUAACUUCAGAAUUCAGAUACUACAAAUACAUAAUCUUCAGCCUGAUUCAAAGUUUUCUUUUUGGGGAAUAUCCUUUAAGUUAGCAGUGAUCCUUAUAUAUAGAAUCAUUGAGAGACUAAGCUAAGCUAUUGUCCUUAUCCUCUAGUCUAGUAAAAAGAUUGUGAGCAGGACAGCCAUAUAAUUUUCAGGGCCUGGUGCAAAGUGAAAAGGCAGGGGCUGUUGUUCAGAAACAAGAAUUUCAAGACAGCAGAGCAUUAAACCAAUUCUGGGACCCUUCAAGCACCAAACCCUGCACAGGUCACAAGUCCACCCCUGACUAGGAUGUGAAGUUAAAUAGAUAGUGGAUUCGGUUCGAACUCUGCUACUUAUUUAUGUUGUUUCUGAACCCCUGUUUUCUCUAUUUUUUAUCUUCCUAUAAAAUUUUUCUUGUUGUAGUCUAUCCUCUUACCAAAGUUGGAGAACCUGCAGUAAGAAUUGGGAGUAUGUAUACUUAUUUUCUUAGUCCAUGUGAGAACUUCUGCGAUAGUGUUUCCUUCUGUUUGGCUGGUGUAGCAAUCAAGAUUAGAGUUUUGUUUUUAGAAAAGUGAUUAUUUAAUUAAAUAUAUGUAUACCACAUUAUAGUUUUAAAAGUGUUUUCACAAUUCAUAUAACAUUUGAUUCAAACAAUUAUGCUUUUGAGGCAGUUAUUGUUUUUUCCUCUCAUCUUACAGAUAAGAAAAUUAAGCCUCAGAGGCCGGGCGUGGUGGCUCACGCCUGUAAUCCCAGCACUUUGGGAGGCCGAGGCGGGCGGAUCACAAGGUCAGUAGAUCGAGACCAUCCUGGCUAACACAGUGAAACCCUGUCUCUACUAAAAAUACAAAAAAAUUAGCCGGGCAUGGUGGCGGGCACCUGUAGUCCCAGCUACUUGGGAGGCUGAGACAGGAGAAUGGUGUGAACCCAGAAGCCGCAGCUUGCAGUGAGCCAAGAUUGCAGCACUGCACUCCAGCCUAGGCAACAGAGCGAGACUCCGUCUCAAAAAAAAAAAAAGAAAAAAGAAAAAAAAGAAAAUUAAGCCUCAGAGAAGUUAGGAGACUUUCUCAAGGUCUCAAGGAUCUAGAACUAGAAAUACCAUUUGACCCAGCCAUCCCAUUACUGGGUAUAUACCCAAAGGAUUAUAAAUCAUGCUGCUGUAAAGACACAUGCACAUGUAUGUUUAUUGCGGCACUAUUCACAAUAGCAAAGACUUGGAACCAACCCAAAUGUCCAUCAAUGAUAGACUGGAUUAAGAAAAUGUGGCACAUAUACACCAUGGAAUACUUUGCCAUAAAAAAGGAUGAGUUCAUGUCCUUUUUAGGGACACGGAUGAAGCUGGAAACCAUCAUUCUGAGCAAACUAUCGCAAGGACAGAAAACCAAACACUGCAUGUUCUCCCUUAUAGGUGAGAAUUGAACAAUGAGAACACUUGGACACAGGGUGGGGAACAUCACACACCCGGGCCCCUUGUGGGGUCACGGGAGGGCGGAGGGAUAGCAUUAGGAGAUAUACCUAAUGUAAAUGACAAGUUAAUGGGUGCAGCACACCAACAUGGCACAUGUAUACAUAUGUAACAAACCUGCACGUUGUGCGCAUGUACCCUAGAACUUAAAGUAUAAUAAAAAUAAAUAAAUAAAUAAAUAAAAAAGAGACUUUCUCAAGGUCAGCCAGCUGGUAAGUGAAGUUCAAGCCUGUGACUUUUCUCACUACUUCUUUCUGCCUUUACUGUUCUGUAAGAUCAAAGGUAAGUUAGCAGAAUAUCUUGCUUUCUCAAGAUCAGUCUACUUUAUGGAAUUUUUGCGAGUGUUCUGAGAAUAACUGCUGGGUUAUAGUAAUAUUACAAAUUUUCACUUCUGUUAUUUGCAGUAACCCUUGGAAUAACUCUGUGUUGUUGUAUUUCAGCAUCAUUUUAAAGGAACAAGAUUGAGGUUCAAAGAGAUUAAAUGACUUGUUGAAGACGAAAGGGCAGUGACUGAAAUUCAGCAUCAGCGAGAGCUUUCUAACUGUCAAAGGUGCUGCCCUUUUUCUACCACGGGGAAAUGGCUCAUCCACACCAAGAAUCAGCCACAGACGGAACAAGCAUGCAGGCUGUAAGACUGGAAAGUACUUACCAGAAUCGAACACGCUAUAUGGUAGUGGUUUCAACUAAUGGUAGACAAGACACUGAAGAAAGCAUCGUCCUAGGAAUGGAUUUCUCCUCUAAUGACAGUAGCACUUGUACCAUGGGCUUAGUUUUGCCUCUCUGGAGCGACACGCUAAUUCAUUUGGAUGGUGAUGGUGGGUUCAGUGUAUCGACGGAUAACAGAGUUCACAUAUUCAAACCUGUAUCUGUGCAGGCAAUGUGGUCUGCACUACAGAGCUUACACAAGGCUUGUGAAGUCGCCAGAGCACAUAACUACUACCCAGGCAGCCUAUUUCUCACUUGGGUGAGUUAUUAUGAGAGCCAUAUCAACUCAGAUCAAUCCUCAGUCAAUGAAUGGAAUGCAAUGCAAGAUGUACAGUCCCACCGGCCCGACUCUCCAGCUCUCUUCACCGACAUACCUACUGAACGUGAACGAACAGAAAGGCUAAUUAAAACCAAAUUAAGGGAGAUCAUGAUGCAGAAGGAUUUGGAGAAUAUUACAUCCAAAGAGAUAAGAACAGAGUUGGAAAUGCAAAUGGUGUGCAACUUGCGGGAAUUCAAGGAAUUUAUAGACAAUGAAAUGAUAGUGAUCCUUGGUCAAAUGGAUAGCCCUACACAGAUAUUUGAGCAUGUGUUCUUGGGCUCAGAAUGGAAUGCCUCCAACUUAGAGGACUUACAGAACCGAGGGGUACGGUAUAUCUUGAAUGUCACUCGAGAGAUAGAUAACUUCUUCCCAGGAGUCUUUGAGUAUCAUAACAUUCGGGUAUAUGAUGAAGAGGCAACGGAUCUCCUGGCGUACUGGAAUGACACUUACAAAUUCAUCUCUAAAGCAAAGAAACAUGGAUCUAAAUGCCUUGUGCACUGCAAAAUGGGGGUGAGUCGCUCAGCCUCCACCGUGAUUGCCUAUGCAAUGAAGGAAUAUGGCUGGAAUCUGGACCGAGCCUAUGACUAUGUGAAAGAAAGACGAACGGUAACCAAGCCCAACCCAAGCUUCAUGAGACAACUGGAAGAGUAUCAGGGGAUCUUGCUGGCAAGCAAACAGCGGCAUAACAAACUAUGGAGAUCUCAUUCAGAUAGUGACCUCUCAGACCACCACGAACCCAUCUGCAAACCUGGGCUAGAACUCAACAAGAAGGAGAUCACCACCUCAGCAGACCAGAUUGCUGAGGUGAAGACCAUGGAGAGUCACCCACCCAUACCUCCUGUCUUUGUGGAACAUAUGGUCCCACAAGAUGCAAAUCAGAAAGGCCUGUGUACCAAAGAAAGAAUGAUCUGCUUGGAGUUUACUUCUAGGGAAUUUCAUGCUGGACAGAUUGAGGAUGAAUUAAACUUAAAUGACAUCAAUGGAUGCUCAUCAGGGUGUUGUCUGAAUGAAUCAAAAUUUCCUCUCGACAAUUGCCAUGCAUCCAAAGCCUUAAUUCAGCCUGGACAUGUCCCAGAAAUGGCCAACAAGUUUCCAGACUUAACAGUGGAAGAUUUGGAGACAGAUGCACUGAAAGCAGACAUGAAUGUCCACCUACUGCCUAUGGAAGAAUUGACAUCUCCACUGAAAGACCUCCCCAUGUCCCCUGAUCCUGAGUCACCAAGCCCCCAACCCAGUUGCCAGACUGAAAUCUCAGAUUUCAGUACAGAUCGCAUUGACUUUUUUAGUGCCCUAGAGAAGUUUGUGGAGCUCUCCCAAGAAACCCGGUCACGAUCUUUUUCCCAUUCAAGGAUGGAGGAACUGGGUGGAGGAAGGAAUGAGAGCUGUCGACUGUCAGUGGUAGAAGUAGCCCCUUCCAAAGUGACAGCUGAUGACCAGAGAAGCAGCUCUUUGAGUAAUACUCCCCAUGCAUCAGAAGAAUCUUCAAUGGAUGAGGAACAGUCAAAGGCAAUUUCAGAACUGGUCAGCCCAGACAUCUUCAUGCAGUCUCACUCGGAAAAUGCAAUUUCAGUCAAAGAAAUUGUCACUGAAAUUGAGUCCAUCAGUCAAGGAGUUGGGCAGAUUCAACUGAAAGGAGACAUCUUACCCAACCCAUGCCAUACACCAAAGAAGAACAGCAUCCAUGAGCUGCUCCUUGAGAGGGCCCAGACUCCAGAGAACAAACCUGGACAUAUGGAGCAAGAUGAGAGCUCCUGCACAGCCCAGCCUGAACUAGCCAAAGACUCAGGGAUGUGCACCCCAGAAGGCUGCCUAACCACACACUCAUCUAUAGCAGACUUGGAAGAAGGGGAACCAGCUGAGGGGGAACAAGAGCUCCAGGGCUCAGGGAUGCACCCAGGUGCCAAGUGGUACCCUGGGUCUGUGAGGCGAGCCACCUUGGAGUUCGAAGAGCGCUUACGGCAGGAGCAAGAGCAUCAUGGUGCUGCCCCAACAUGUACCUCAUUGUCCACUCGUAAGAAUUCAAAGAAUGAUUCUUCUGUGGCAGACCUAGCACCAAAAGGGAAAAGUGAUGAAGCCCCCCCAGAACAUUCAUUUGUCCUCAAGGAACCAGAAAUGAGCAAAGGCAAAGGGAAAUACAGUGGGUCUGAGGCUGGCUCACUGUCCCAUUCUGAGCAGAAUGCCACUGUUCCAGCUCCCAAGGUGCUGGAGUUUGACCACUUGCCAGAUCCUCAGGAGGACCCAGGGUCAGAUACUGGAACACAGCAGGAAGGAGUCCUGAAGGAUCUGAGGACUGUGAUUCCAUACCAGGAGUCUGAAACACAGGCAGUCCCUCUUCCCCUUCCCAAGAGGGUAGAAAUCAUUGAAUAUACCCACAUAGUUACAUCACCCAAUCACACUGGGCCAGGGAGUGAAAUAGCCACCGGUGAGAAGAGCGGAGAGCAAGGGCUGAGGAAAGUGAACAUGGAAAAAUCUGUCACUGUGCUCUGCACACUGGAUGAAAAUCUAAACAGGACUCUGGACCCCAACCAGGUUUCUCUGCACCCCCAAGUGCUACCUCUGCCUCAUUCUUCCUCCCCUGAGCACAACAGACCCACUGACCAUCCGACCUCCAUCCUGAGUAGCCCUGAAGACAGAGGCAGCAGCCUGUCCACAGCCCUGGAGACAGCAGCACCUUUUGUCAGUCAUACAACCCAUUUACUGUCUGCCAGUUUGGAUUACCUGCAUCCCCAGACUAUGGUUCACCUGGAGGGCUUCACAGAGCAGAGCAGCACCACAGAUGAGCCCUCUGCAGAACAGGUUAGCUGGGAAGAAAGUCAGGAGAGCCCUCUCUCCAGUGGCAGUGAGGUGCCAUGUAAGGACUCCCAGCUAAGUAGCGCAGACCUAAGUUUAAUUAGCAAACUUGGUGACAACACUGGGGAGUUACAGGAGAAAAUGGACCCAUUGCCUGUAGCCUGUCGACUCCCACAUAGCUCUAGUAGUGAAAGCAUAAAGAGUCUCAGCCACAGCCCCGGUGUGGUGAAGGAGCGUACUAAAGAAAUCGAGUCUCGAGUGGUUUUCCAGGCAGGGCUCACCAAACCAUCCCAAAUGAGGCGCUCAGCUUCUCUCGCCAAAUUAGGUUACUUGGACCUCUGUAAAGACUGCUUACCAGAGAGGGAGCCUGCCUCCUGUGAAUCCCCUCAUCUCAAACUGCUUCAGCCUUUCCUCAGAACAGACUCAGGCAUGCACGCGAUGGAGGACCAAGAGUCCCUAGAAAACCCAGGUGCCCCCCACAACCCAGAGCCCACCAAGUCUUUUGUAGAACAACUCACAACAACAGAGUGUAUUGUGCAGAGCAAGCCAGUGGAGAGGCCCCUUGUGCAGUAUGCCAAAGAAUUUGGUUCUAGUCAGCAGUAUUUGCUCCCCAGGGCAGGACUUGAAUUGACUAGUUCUGAAGGAGGCCUUCCCGUGCUACAGACCCAGGGACUGCAGUGUGCAUGCCCAGCUCCAGGGCUGGCCGUGGCACCCCGUCAGCAACACGGCAGAACUCAUCCCCUUAGGAGACUGAAAAAGGCAAAUGACAAAAAACGGACAACCAACCCCUUCUAUAAUACCAUGUGAUUCUGAGCCUACACAUGUGACUUUCUAGAAGAAAUGUUUGUAAAAGGGGCAGGUGUAAUAUGUAAGGAACAUGCACUUUAUUGGUUAAUUUUAUAAUAUUUUGGUCAUUUUACUGUUUCUGGCGCAUGCAGGGUUUGGGUUUUUUAGUGUGUAUGUGUGUGUAUAUGUAAGGGGAAAGAGAGAUUGAUCUGGAUGGCAAGACCGUUUAUCAUUUUUUAUUUAAAAAAAUCAAACCUCAAAAAAGUCAUUUUCAGAGAACACCUUUAUCAAAGGCAAAUUGCUGUUUUUCAGUCAGCUGCCACCUGCUUCUCAUUUUGCCCUCUGAGAAAAGGCAUGGUUUCUUGAUUGAGGGAAGGAAGCAGAUUCGGAGGGGUGGAGAUAAAGCUGGGGAUUGGAGAUGUUCCCCUGCCUUUGUGAUGAUGGUUUGGUUUCCAGACCUGAGGCAUCGAAUGGGCUAAAGGGCAGCCAGAGGUCAGAGGGCUCUCAGCCUUCAUCCAGCCGCAGCUCUUUAGAGUUCCUGAAGGAGGCAGGUUCCGCUUUGCUUUAAAAGAGGGUCUUCCGGUAUUCCAGAGUGUAUUGUUACAGUAAGACAUGAUAAUGGCUGGCUCUGCAAAUUUAUCAUAUAGUUUUUUUCCCAAGAAAAUUAUUUUUGAAAUUAAAACAGGACCCCAAAUGAAAUCCAAGUGGUCUUCUGUAGAGGAAAGCAUGAUAAGAGGAGGAAGACAUAAAGUUGGGGGUGGAGAGGCUGCUGCCCAGAAACUGCUGGGUUGGUGGGAUCCACACAGAUGGGCAUCUUGGCUCUCACUGCCAGAAAAAUGUGCUCUGCAGUGUCCUCCCAACUGAAAACAACAGUGACAUGUUUGAAAAGCAGCAAUCGAAAGUCAGUGUGUUCUUGUAAAAUGAAUAUGUAUGUAGGGUUUUAACCCUUCCAUUACUUGAAUAAUUCUUUGGGCCUUCUGAGUCUAAUGGCCAUAUUUUCUUCCAGUUUAUUUUCCUUCCCCAUGCUGUUGUCCCCAUGCUGCCUAUUUUUUUAAAUUUCAUAGAUUAUAUUUGAAUUGUUACAUAUGUUUAACAUCCAUUGAAUGCAACGUUUUAUUUUUGGUAUUAUCACUGUUAACACUUUUUUUUCCUUUUCCUGGAAGGUUUGUCAUUUCUCUAAAGUUUGUACACAGUAUUUAUGUACAUAAUAUUGUCACUGUCUUAGUGUCUUGUUCAUGUUGUAGGGUAAUUUUGAUUUAUUCUUUUUAAGAAGGAGUAGAGUUGCAACUGGAAAACACACAGACACCAGAAAUGAAAGUGUUGGGUGUUGAUAGGAAUCUGUACAAUAUGUUGAUGGUGGCUGUAGUUGUUUAAAUGGAGACUUCCAAUCACCAGCUCCUGCCAAAUUAUGCAUUAGUAACUUCUUCCUCAGAGACACCCCUAAAGGCUCCCAUUAGGUCACAGCGUGACUGAAAGCUGAUUUCUCUGUGAGACUGAAAUCCCAGAACAUUGUUUGCCAGUAUCUCAACCACAGCCAGGAAGUAUAUGUGAGUUGCCCAGAGUGGAAGCUCCUAGUAGAGGCUGAAGGCCACAGGGGAGGCCUCAACCAGGGGCAAGUGCCCACAGUGACUCCAUUUAGGAUGCUGUCGUUUUGCUACUGUUGUGGAGAUCCUUAACGCAGCAGCGCGUGUCAUAAACAAGCCUCUUGUAGCUUCUUACAGAAAACAGAUUUAGUCUAGCAUGAAACACCUCUGCAUCUCAUUGAAACUGAAGAGGCUUGCAGAUUUGCUUUCGUUGAUGUCCACGUUACUGAGGAUUGACUGAGUAUAGACUGGAGACAGGUUUUUGGCUUAUCACAGCACUGAGGAAAAUACAAAUGCACAGAAUGUCAGCAUGAUGUCAGAGGCCAGAGUUUGGUGGGGGCAGAUGGCAGGGAGACCCAAAAGAUGCAGAAAAGGUAGACUGGGGCCACUGGGUCUUAAGAGGAGCUGUGAAGUUGUGUGGAAGCCAAGGUUGGGUCUGACAUCCCUGCCAGGAAGCAGGAUGGACAGAAACCACUUGCUAAAAGCGUCUCUAUGGUGUAGUGAUUAUGUGUACCCUGUGCUGUUGCUCAGUAGUUUCCUUGAAUGUUCAAGUAUAUCAUCCACACAGUUUUGUGAUUCCUGGAUAUUUGUGUGUUGUAAAGUGUUUUGUUAGGUGGUAUGAACCAAUGUGAGGAGGCUUGAGACAGGGUUAUGGAUUUCCAGAGCUCUUCCGUGUAGAAUACCCUGCCUUCUUGAAGCAGUUCCACCACCAAUAUGAUGGGGAAGGGCAGGAACUUGUGGCAGGGUGGGGAGAGGAUUUGCCUGGAAGUUAACAGAGUGGCAUCCACUUGUGGUAACCCCUUACGAUGAUGACAUCCCACACACUAAGAGGUACAAGCAGGACCAAAGUUUUGGACUGUUCCCUCUUCUCCCCUCCACUGUGUUUAAUGUUCACUCACUGCAUUAAAUAACAACAAAGAUGGGACAAAACCCACUAAUGCUGUGGGGAAAAAAUUUUUCAAGAGCAGAGGAAAGUCUUUCUGCCUUUUUAUAAUUACUUUUUUUAUCAUUUAAUUUACCUGCCUAAAUAAACAUCUUCUACAGAGUACCUGUCAUUCAACCAUGCCAAGGAGUUUGUGCCAGCCUUUUCAGACUCCCAGAAUUCGGUGUUCCUGGGUUAUUUACAUAGCUGAGCAGUGUCCAGGGGAGGUGCGCAGUGAACUGUCAAGGACUUUCCAGACUGUCUUCUCUUCAGACUCUUUUAUAAUCUCUAGUGGCAUCUUUCCCUUUUCUUUUGUUCAUGACCUGACCUGAAACAGCAGAUUUGAUAGACUGGCAAAGAUGAAUAGGAAAAACUUUGACUCUUGCCCAGUGCCUGCCUGCCUCUCUCUCUCUCCUCUCUCUCUCUCUCUUUUUAAACCACCAUAGACUCUCACUUACUUUGGAGGAGUGUAUGUGCAUGUGUACACAUAUGUACAUAUAUAAAAACAGUUGAUGUUUUGGUGUAUGGAGUAAAAGCCCCAGGAGCAUACAGAACUUGAGCUGAACCUGGUCAGUAGAAAGGGAAACCCCAACCCUUUCUUGAUUUUUGGAGACACCCAGGAGUAAUGGAUACUGUAGUAGACAUGUAGUACUAUAGUACCGUAAUAUUCAUCUCUCCUCAUUUUAGUUGCCUUUCAGAUUCUAAAUGUUUGGGAUCAUUCCUAUCAUCUUAGUCUCUUCAGGAUCUUUAGUAUUUUCCUGGUUCUGAGGAGGCUUGAGACAGGGUUAUGGAUUUCCUUGUUCUGUGUCUUUAUCCCUACUGAUAGUUCCUCUUUCUCAUUUUGCAAACUACCCAGAGCUCCAAGGACAGCCUGAAGAUCUCAGUGCCUCAGGCUCUGAGGUACUCUGCUCACAGCCCCCAGACAGAUGCUGUUGGGUAAACUCAAAGCUUCCUAUGAGAAGCUUCUGAGAUGUAGCAGGCCACAGAAGUGUUCACCUGUUUCAUCUGAGGAUUUCAGUUCUGAAGUGAUCUAGGCAUGUUUGGUAAAAAUGUUUUUGUGAGAGUUCUUUUUUUAGGAAAGCAUUAUGCAAAAAGUCACUUUUAAGGGCAUUUAAAAAUUUUUAAGUAAAGCCAUUCUUUGGCUUUUUUGGACUAUUUGUGGAUACUUGGUUUACAUUUUGAAUAUUAAAAUGUGCAUCAUCUUGUUGGCCAUGCAGUCCUGCAGGCAUCAGUGCCCUAGCUGUCCUGUGAGUCCUCAUGCAGAGCAGGGCCAUCAUGGUCAGCCCUUGUGAAUAAGUGGGUAUACCCUGAAGCUGACUUCCGUCUGUGUCCUGCCCUCCCAUCCAGCACUCUCUAUGGAAAUAGUUGUCAUUUCCUCAGUGAUGGUGUGUCUUAUAGUGAUGGUUGUAAUGGUGAAUGGCUAGUGUCAUUUUGUUUAAUUUUGUUUUGCUUUUUGAUGGUGGAUAAGAUGAAAUUUUAGCUGUUUCAGCAUCAAUCCAACUUAAAAGCAUCUUGGACUUUGUUUUCCCUUCCAAACUAAAAGAUCAAGGCAUGUAUUAGACACAGGCAUAUUUGCUGCCUCAACUCCUCUGACACCCAUUUAGGAAAAGGCCUGCCACCAAAGCAGGAAGCUGCACACUCCUAACCCUUCUCCCAGGGUGUGGGGUCCCUUGACGUCAUGAAGAGCUAUUGCAAGGUGCUUCUGUACUUUUCCAGCCUGGAAAUGGAGGGUGACUGGCCCUGGCUCCUGCUAUGAGAAGAUAACCAGCCUCAUUUUCUCAGUGCCCCAGAGAUCUAGGAUAGGAUUUCUAAACUGGAAUCAUCCUUAAUCACCUUGAAGAUCCCUUAAGAGGCAUUUGACUGGUGCUGCCAUCUGUGUCCUCAAAGCAAUGCUGGUGGCAGCAUCCUGUGUACACAUAUAGAGCUAAUACCCAAACUAAAAACUGGGUAACUGGCCCUGAAGUGCUUCCCAAUCAGUAAGCCCAAAGGGAAAUGUUUGAUUUUUAUGUUCUGUUGGGUUUUGGUUUGCUUGGCAUAUCUAAAGGUGCCUUUACUUUUCUUUUUUUUUUUUUCUUUCUGCUUUGUUUUGUAGGACUUGUUCUAACAUGGAAAACAAGUCCAGAAGACUCUCCUCUGACUGUUACCUUUGCCCCAAGCCACCCCAAACUUUUAUGCUCAUGUUUUAUUAAAGCAGGUGCUCCCUGGAAUCUCUGGGACAUUUUUGAGGCAUUUGAAGCAGAAUAUAGAGUGGUCUCAUCUCCUUCCUUAAUCUUCCUGGUGGUUGGGAUGUUCCACUUGUAUCAUAGAUUUUUUAAUUACAGAUAUGCUCCACUGUUUUUAAAUGUGAACUUGUGCGCAAAUGUGCAGAUUCAAUGUUCUUGUUACAGAUUGAAUAAAUUUUUAUUUUGAAGAUGAAA